GCGGCCGCUGUUUAUUUGCAGCCGGGCGGGCUGCGGCUCGGCAGAGCGCUGGCGGCCGGCGGUCCCGCUGCCCGCCCCGCACCAUGCGGGCUCUUUCUCCUCCACCUCCUCCUCCUCCCGCCGGGCAGCCGGGGCAGGCGGCGCGGCGCCCCCCCGCGCGAUGGUGACGGCGCUGGGGUCCCGCGGCGGGGAGCGAGCCGCGCCGCCCCGUUGCCCGUCCCCGGCGGCGCUGGCGGCGCUGGUGCUGGCGGGGCUCUGCGCCCUCUGCUACGGCAACUCCCUGCGCGGAGAGUUCGUGCACGACGACGUUUGGGCCAUCGUCAACAACCCCGACGUGCGGGCGGGGAGCCCCGUGGCCGCCGCUUUCGCCAAUGACUUCUGGGGCAAGAGGAUGGACGAGAACACCAGCCACAAGUCCUACCGGCCCCUCUGCGUCCUCACCUUUAAGUUAAACAUAUUGCUGGCUGGUAUGAACCCCUUCUAUUUCCACGCAGUGAAUGUAAUUUUACACUGUCUAGUGACUCUCGUGCUGAUGUACACUUGUGACAAAGCUGUGUUCAAGGACUGUCGACUUGCUUUUGUCACGGCGCUGUUCUUUGCUGUGCAUCCCAUUCACACCGAGGCUGUAACAGGUAUAGUAGGCAGAGCAGAUGUCCUAGCCUGUCUACUCUUUCUGUUGGCUUUUCUCUCCUAUAAUAGGAGUGUGGAUCAGCUUUAUGUUGGGGAACAUUUCCCUCCCACUGCCUCCCCAUUCUUUUUGCUGCUUAGUUUAUUCCUUGGGACGUGUGCAAUGCUGGUGAAAGAAACUGGAAUCACUGUGUUUGGUGUGUGCUUGGUUUAUGACUUCUUUUCCCUCUCCUGCAAUGGACUUAAACUGAGAAAUGGAGGGAUCCACCAGAGAACUGCCCGGCAGCCUGCCGCUUCUCCCUCUGCCUUGCUGCAGGUCCCUCCAUCUGGCCGGGAGAACGGGAAACAUCGCUUUGCUCACCGAGGCACCUGGAGCUCCUGCCACCCGGCAUCAUCUGAAGAGCAGCGGAGUGGUGGCCUUUCUGUGCCCAGCAAAGCCAUGUGGGCCAUUCGGAGCUACCUGACUGCAAAUAACAACCAGAAUUUCUUGUAUACUGCAAGGCCUUUUUUGAAGAGAGCUGCUUUGGUGAUAGGCUAUGUGAUUCUCGUGUUGUAUUUCCGCCUCUGGAUAAUGGGAGGAUCCAUGCCGAUGUUUUCAGAGCAGGACAAUCCAGCUUCAUUCUCGCCGUAUUUACUAACGAGGUUUCUAACUUAUUCCUAUCUUCUGGCCUUCAAUGCAUGGCUUCUGCUGGCACCAAUCACCUUAUGCUACGACUGGCAGGUCGGCAGCAUCCCUUUGAUCGAGUCCAUCUGGGAUGCAAGGAACUUAGCCACAGUGUUCCUGGUGGUGGUGAUGACGUUACUUAGCCUGCACUGCGUGGCUGCAUUUAAGAAACUUGAACACAAAGAAGUUUUGGUUGGCUUGUUGUUCCUGGUUUUCCCAUUCAUCCCAGCCAGCAACCUCUUCUUCAGGGUGGGAUUUGUGGUGGCAGAGCGAGUCCUUUACAUGCCGAGUAUGGGGUACUGCAUCCUUUUUGUUCAUGGUCUAAAAAAGCUGUCUACAUGCUUAAAUAAGUGGAGAAUUACUGUUUUGACCCUCUUUGCUUUACUGCUGCUGCUCUUCUCUUGGAAGACCGUGAAACAGAACGAAAUAUGGCUGUCACGAGAAUCCCUUUUCAGCUCAGGAGUGAAGACCCUGCCGCACAAUGCCAAGGUGCACUACAACUAUGCCAAUUUUCUGAAAGACCAAGGCCGUAACAUUGAGGCAAUCUACCACUACAAAACUGCUCUCAAACUUUACCCUCGUCACGCAAGUGCUCUCAACAACUUGGGGACAUUGACCAAAGAUGUGGUGGAGGCAAAGGACUACUACCGACGGGCCCUUCAGUUAAACCCGCAGCACAAUCGAGCACUCUUCAAUCUUGGCAACCUGCUCAAGUCCCAAGGGAAGAAAGAGGAAGCUGUAAUCUUGCUGCGGGACUCCAUUAAGUAUGGCCCAGAGUUUGCAGAUGCUUACUCAAGCCUGGCCUCGCUGCUAGCUGAACAGGAACGGUUUAAGGAAGCGGAGGAGGUCUAUAAGGCUGGCAUAGAGAAUUGUCCAGAGAGCUCUGAUCUGCAUAACAACUAUGGUGUUUUCUUGGUUGAUACUGGGGCUCCUGAGCGAGCUGUGUCCCACUACAGACAGGCCAUCCACCUGAGCCCCGCUCACCACGUCGCCAUGGUGAACCUGGGCAGGCUUCAUCGCUCCCUGGGGCAGAACAAAGAGGCUGAAGCAUGGUACAAACGGGCACUGAAGGUAUCCCGGAAGGCUGAAAUCCUCUCUCCACUGGGGGCUCUGUAUUACAACACGGGGCGGUAUGAAGAAGCAUUACAAGUUUACAGAGAAGCAGCAUCACUGCAGCCUUCGAACAAAGAGAUCCGACUGGCACUGGCCCAGGUUUUAGCAAUGAUGGGGCGGACAAAGGAAGCUGAAAAGAUGACAAACCAUAUACUCAGCGAGGAUGCAGAGUGUCUGGAGUGUUUCCGUCUUCUGUCAGCCAUCUACAGCAAGCAGGAGCGCUAUACCAAGGCACUUGAAGCUAUAGAAAAAGCUCUUCAGCUAAAACCAAAGGAUCCGAAAGUCAUAUCAGAGCUCUUUUUCACAAAAGGAAACCAAUUAAGAGAACAGAAUCUCCUUGACAAGGCUUUUGAGAGCUAUAAACGGGCUGUGGAGCUCAACCCAGACCAAGCACAGGCCUGGAUGAAUAUGGGAGGCAUUGAGCACAUCAAGGGGAGCUACAUCGCUGCUCGUGGCUACUAUGAGAAAGCCUUACAGCUGGUUCCAAACAGCAAGUUGCUGAAAGAGAACCUGGCUAAACUGGAUCGCUUGGAGAAACGGUUUCAAGAAGUCCGGGAGAAAGACUAAACAUAGAAUUCAGUCACCAGUGGAAAGAAACUCAUGCCCCUUGGAGAAGAGUAUGGUGAAAGCCUAUUGCUCCAAGUGAUGCUGAAGGAACUUUGAUAGGACUCAGAAUUAUGGAAGGCAAAUUUUGAAUGCAUGCUUAUAUUUGACCAAAGUUACACGAGACACUCAGCUCAUGUGGGACGUGCUGGAGAAUGAAUGAAAACCUUCCUUUAAUCAAGAUUUAUGUUUGGGCUGAACCCAUUUCAAUCACACUGGGAGUGUGGGUGGGAGAUGUACCUUCAGUGUCUUGGUUAUCACUGGGGAAACCAUGGUGAUAAAGCACUCAUCUGUUGCAGCAGGGGUGAAGUAGCACCUCCUGUUAAUCAACACAGCUUCACCUCGUCCACGUAAAGUACCACUGAUGGGCUUCAUUGCAAGUGCUGCCAGGUCCUUCGGAGCCAGGAAAGAUGGUCAUAAUGGUCAUACAAAACGGUUUCAAGGGGUUAAUACUGAGGAAAUGGUGGCCACUUUUACAGCUCUAAAUGUGACUUGAAAAUUAUUCUAAAGAAAGGGAAAAUGUUAUCCGAAUAUCACCCUAGACGGAUGAUUCUACAAGUAGGACAAAUGAUCCUUUGAGGAAAAUCCUCACCUGACUGUUUUACUCGUAAGAUAGUCAUUUUGUCAUAAUUCAGGUCCAUGAUGUCAGUAUUGUCAAAUAUCAUAUGGCUUUACUCUUUGCCCUCUCCCUCCAGGCCAAAUAAUUAUUACUCUGAAAAAAUAAUGAAAACAUCCAAAGGCAAUGGGAAGCUCGAGGAUUACUUCUCCUCCUGUCCAUUCCCUAGUAAGAAAAGAACAAACAACUGAUCUGAUGAAAGUAGUAGGUAAAGUAAAGCCACAGAGAGAUUAGGGAAGGUUUCCUAGCCUGGAAAGGUACUAAGGAGGCUUUUAUAUGGGUGUGCAGGAACAAAACCCAUUUAUCGUGGUGAUAACACUGACAACACUUUGUAAAAGUGUUCUCACCCCCCUCACCCAAAAGAUACAGAAAAUUACCUGUAUCUAAUCAGUCAUAAAUCUAUAUUUUUAAAUACUGAAGUGGGAAAACAAAUUUUCUUCAGAAUUGGGGCUUUUAUUUUUGAGCAUUAUUUAUUUAACUUAUAAUAAUCAAAUAAUUAAUAUAUUUUCUCUGAUGUAUACGAAUUGGGCAGUAUCCUUCACAGCUGGCUGCAUGGCUGGGCGUUGUAACUUGUAUUGUCUGAGGUAAGAAAAAUGCAGUACCACCGAGGCAUGCUUGAAUAACUCCCCCAAUGAUGUUUUCAAAUGGCUGCAGAGCAAAUUGGACCAUAACUGCAUUAACAGCACUUCCGCUGCUUCCACCAGGGUUUGUACCAGUUCACAGAGAACUAGGGAUUAAUCUUGAUGCCACAGCCUUUGGGUUUGGAUAUCAGAGUAGGUCAUCAGUUUAUUCCUCUUGCAGCAGGAAAAUGCCAUAAAAAUUGUUAUAUUCGAGCUUGACUGUGUCCAGUCCCUGCAGAAGAGCAGCCCAGGGUUUGGCGUUACUGGAAAAGGACAGUUCAGAUUAAGUAUGCGAUUCCUUGGUACGCAUCUGUCAGGAAAAGCCUGCAUGACAGUGACACUUGGCUUUAGUUGGUGCUGGCCAUGGCAUCUCAGUAAGCUCUAAAUUCACUCAGCAUGAUGGUACUAUCAUACGCCGGUAGCUCCGCUGGCUUCAUUUAAAAAGCUCAGUGCUCAGCCGCUACUGGUGGUCAAAUCACAUACAAAUUAAUAACAUGAGUCCAACUGCAUUUGGAGCUCAAAGGGAGUCCAGGCUGGUGCAGUUGUCUGCCCCACCACGGCUUGUGAACCCACUAGAGCCAUGGCUAUGUGCCCACCAAGAGGAGACUGGAUUUGGGCAUUACUGGUCCCCAUUGGCCAAGGAGACUGGCCAGUGCCUACAGCUGGGCAGACGUAAGAGGGAGAGACCGCUGGGGAGAGAUGGUGACAUACAUUUCUGGGCUCUCUCCCUUGAAACCAGCUUCUCAAGGGAGCAAAAUAAACAAGUCUUUUGCUGGUGAAUAUGACCUUUCCCCGCCAGCCCAACUAGCCUACUUUUUUUUCAGGCCCAAGGGCAGGUUUGCGGUCCUGGGGCUGGGUCAGCAGCCCUUGUCUUUUCACAUGACUUUUAUGGUCAUGGACUUGCUGACCUGACGUUUCUGCAGGUGCCCAGUGUAGGUGCUUCGCUGGAUGUCAUGCAUGGAGCAGCUUUGCACAGCCCUGGUGCUGUUGGGGUAGCGGGGAGGAGAUAAGACCAUACCAGUCAAUUCUCAUGGGAUGGGGAAAACAAAGCUUAAAUGGUUUCUGAAAGCAGUCGGUUCCCCACUGUGCGUUGCAAAGUUGUAGACGGUCCAUUACUGGGGUAUUCAGAGAUACCCAAACCCUAAAGCUCUCUGCCUUUCCCAAUGGCAAGCUUGCCUUUCAGGCACUUUCACCAAAGCCCUGUGUACCCGGGCUGGCUGCCUGCAGUACUGCUGUGUGGUGGUGAGUUUGGGGGCUGGUGGGGCAGAGUUUGGUGCAGCACCUGACAGGGUUGCUGUGCAAAACCCCCCGCAUAGCAAGCAUCUUCAGAGAGUGCUCUGACAGCUAGCCUGGGGGAUAGGGGUGGGGGAGAUAUGCCUCAUUCAAAAACAUGUAUCAGCUAUAAACUUUGCCCAUAAAGAUAUAUUAAAUAAAUACUAUAUAUUCUACAAGCCCUGCAGCAGUGUGGCUUUAAAGCGUGGCCGAUGAAACAUAUUUUUUUCAAAUACAGAAGAAAUUGUAUUUUUUAUAACAAUGCUUUGUGAGGGGGAAGACUUGGUUUUGGUUUUUUUUAACUUUGGCUUAAUUCUUAGUUUGUCUUUCCUGAAAGACCUGGUAGAAAUUAUUGUCUUAUUCUUGUCCUAGAACCUGAUCAAAGCCAUCUUGACUUCCUAAAACCCAUGCAUGUGUAAAAGUAUAAUAUUGCUUUGGGUGCUCCCUCCCAGAUCCUGGAGAAGGAUUAUCAUUUUUGCAACACUGUCUUGCAAAGUUGUAUAGAAAGGUGAGAGCAUCCUCCUGGUGAUGGAGGUGGUUUGGUUGGAAGGCAUGGUGUGUGUUCAUCCAUUUGCCUGAAUUAGGCAGAUAUAACAUACCCAUGGAGUUUAAUCCUAGUUGAACUAGGUUAUGUUUAUAUGCUGAAAGACACUCUCCACAUUUUGGAGCUGGGUUUAUGGUAGUUAUGGAGAGAGGAGGGCUUUAUAAUGAACCUUGCUUUCCCGAACCAGCACUUUAUACCCUGUCUAUGCAGAAUGACAGUCUGCAAACUGGCAGCAUUUUUGGAGGGGAAUUCAGACCCUGAGCUACCAAAGCAGUUAAACCCUUGUGAAGUUUUGAGCUGACUCCCUGUCUCAUUGGUGUCCAUGCUGAAACACUGUAUUUGUUCAGGACAUUAAUCUUGUGAAAAGUUUAUUGCAGGCAAAGAAUCAUAAUAGAGGAUGAUAUGAAAUGGGUUAUCUCCACUGAAAGGGAACACGAUUGUGAAAGAUAAAUAGUGACUUACCUUGUGAUAAGCUAAAUGUUAUCCUAAUUAAUCAUAGGAAAUGUCCUCUUCAUCUAGCAUUGCACAGCUUCUAAGAUUAUGAGUUAUAAAUGCAUUGUUUUCUGCCAGCUCCAGUGCUCAGUGUGGUUAGCAGAGAUUACAAAUUAAUAAAUGGCUGAAGCUCUACCUGGUGAGGGAGAGUUUGCUCUCUCUGCAAGCUGCAUUGGCUAAACCUCAGUGCUCACUGAUAUUAAAGUGGAGAAUUAAUGCAAAGCUGGUUAGACAGGACUUUUGUGAACUCACUGUGCAUUUUAAUCCUAAAUGAAAAACAUAAUGAUUGUGUUGCUUUUUCCUUUCCACAUGAAUAAUAUUUUCAAAUGGAUUUUGUUUUAUUUUAUUGCUUAUUUAAAGUCCAGCAUUCUUUGCUUCCAUUCCUUCUCUAUCCCCUAGGAUAAAUGAUGCAGUGGGAGUCAUUUUCUCUCUCUCAUAGAAUCCUUGGACUAGAUUUUCCUUCAAAAGUACAGACAACUUGUUUUGACUAAACAGUAAGUGAAUGCAGCAGUGCAAAUGGCCUUCAUUCUAGAGAUCUUGUCGAGUAUGGGGUGGGGUGGUGCAGGCAUGCACAUAAGUGGAAGAAAUCGAAGUAAAAAAAAAAUGCAAAAUAAGCAGCCUAACUUGCUGGGGAGGCUGGAUGUUUCUAAAAUAAUGUUAAAACUACGAAAGCUUCUGAGCGGUUAUAGAAACCAGGCCAGAUAUGGUGUACAAUAUUUAGUGAAAGAAGGUAAUUGAUAUUCUAAUUUUAAUAAUUAGGCAGUUUCGAGUAUAGUUGUAUGAUUUUCUGCCCCAUUUGUCCUUCAACUCGGUAAAACAGUUGGAAUAUGCUUAUGUCUUCUCAAUCUGUAUGUGAUUAGGUUGACUGAGUGCUCAAUUUCUACCUUUCAUAUAUGCAAUUGUGCACAAUCUUUGGAAAAAAAUUACCUUGUAGAGGAUUUUUCUCCCCCAGCCUUCAGUCUCUUGCUGCAAUUUCAAAAUGUACCAUUUUGCUUUCAUGUACAUUUAAACUCAGCAGCAAAAAAGAAAAAAAAAAGAAAAAGCAAAAAAAAAAGCGCUUGGCAUUCACUAGUGUUUCAGUGUGGCAAAGUUGCUUCAGGUAAUCUCGAUAACUUUGUGCAGAAGUUCAUUGCCGUGUUUGUACUGACUUGCCAAAUUUUUUUUUCCGCCUGGAAAAUACCCCCGGUGGUAUCCUCUGUAAAAGGAUGGCUUCUACAUCUGUAUUACUGUAAAAAUCUCUGCCUGAAGUGGAUGUCACACUGCGUGUUCCUCUCAUGCGGAAGUUGUUUGCAUUGCCUGUUGUUCAUAUGGUUCUAAUUUCUGUAUCUGAUUUUUUUUUUAAUCAUUUGUGCAUAUCUUUCAAAAAAAAAAAAAAAACCAAGCAGAAAACAGCCCGUGGAUUAGAAAUCUUAGAAAUCUUUAAAAACUAAAUUCACACUUAGCAGCAGCUGGAUGUAUGUCAGUGGUACAGGAAUUUGCAAAGCCUUUGCUUUUUUUCACUGUGGGAUUUAUGGCUAGAUUUCAUGUAAAGGAGUUAUGCUCGAAGUCUUUACAAAAGAAAAUGUAUGUAAAUGUCU